GGUUCUUAGCGAUGGAGUCUUUGCCAGUUUGCAAAUACGGUGCGGCGUGCUACCGCAAGAAUCCCGAGCAUUGGCAGCAGUUCUCGCAUCCUCCAUCCCCUUCCUCGGACAAGACUUUUGCCGAUCAAUCGCAGGAGCAAGCCCCGGCCAUCAUCGAGGGCAGCGCUUCGUGCGAGCCAAAUCUGGUGGUAGUGGUGCUGGUCGGGGUUCCAGGGAGUGGAAAAAGCCGGUUUUGUUCCAGCGUCAUCGAGAAUGCUUCACAGACUUGGACCAGGAUUUGUCAGGAUAUCAUCGCCAAUGGGAAGCGAGGGACGAAAGCUCAGUGUAUCAAACAAGCCACCAUCGCCCUCAAUUCCUCCAGCAGCGUCUUCAUCGAUCGAACCAAUCUCAACCGCGAGCAGCGGCUGGAAUUCAUCGAGUUUGCGAAGAAACACGGUGUGGAGGCCCAUGGCGUGGUGCUCAACUUACCGGUUGGGACGUGUAUCACUCGGGCCAUGAAUCGGACUUCUCACGAGGGGGGACUGGAAGGAAAGAAGGUCGGGGCUGUUAUUCAAAGGAUGGCUCACGGUGUGGAGCUUCCAGCACUGGAGGAAGGAUUCAGCAGAAUCACGGUGUGUAGAACAGAUGGUGACGCCGACGAAUGUAUCGCGACGUACAGAUCUUUGAGCUCGUCAUCAAAGCUGCCAACGGGAGUUUUUGAUCGAAAUUCCAGCAGCACGACGAAGGGAUCGCUGGAACAGUUUCUAAACAAGCCGGGUGGUGGUCAGAAAAAGGCGGGCCAAGCAAGCAGCAGUGCUGCGAGCACGAAGAAAGCAGUGGAAAGCGCUGCUCCAGAACUUAAAGAUGGUGAUGGAUCGAUGCCGCAAGCUUCUGAAGAAAGCUGCGCAACUCUUGCGUUUCCGUCAAUCUCUACAGCAGAUUUCCGCUUUGAUCACGAGAAAGCUGCAAAUAUCAUUGUUGAGACAGUGUCAGAGUUCUUCAGCCGUGCGGAGAGCAGUGGUUUGAGGCUGGUGCUGGUGGAUAUAGACCAAGGGUCGGACAUGCUCUCCCGUGUUCGAAGCAGGGCCGAGUCCGCCGGCUUGGACAGCCGGAAGUUCUUAGUGACCCAUGGAGACAUCACAAAGCUCCAUUCCACCGGAGGCCCUCGUUGCUCAGUCAUUGCUAACGCCGCAAACUGGCGCCUCAAGGGUGGUGGUGGCGGCGUGAAUCUUGCAAUCUACAGAGCUGCUGGUGACGAUUUUGAGGAAGCAACGAAAAAAUAUGCGAAAACUUUGGAUCCAGGAAAGGUGGUGGCCGUUCCACUGCCUGCCUCGUCUCCUCUACGCACGAAGGAAGGGGUAACUCACGUCAUUCACGUCCUUGGGCCCAACAUGAACCCACAGAGGCCAAACUGCAUCGCCGACGACUACUCCCAGGGCUGUAGGCUGCUGCGACAAUGUUACGCUGCUCUCUUCUCGACUUUCGCGUCCAUUGCAAAAGGCCAAGUUUCCAAAGCCAAAGUAACUGCGUCUCCUGCCAGCAACAGCAGCUCCCCUGGUGGCAAACCACGCGACGCGUUUGCUGUGAUGAUGCAAGCUUCGAAGCGGAAAAAUGGUAACGAUGAUUCUCCAGGUUCUUCGAAGAAGGGUAAGGCUGAGGUGGGAAAAGUUACAGGGGAAGAAGGCAACCCCGCGAGCGGAACUGGAACUCUAAAGGCAGCGGUCGAAGAAAAAGCCGCUACCAAGAAGCCAGUGAACUGGCCUGCGUGGGCUCAAGCUCUGCACGACGUAGCGUUUCAUCCUGAGAAGCACAGCAAUGUGGUACUGGAGGUGACCGACGAUUGUGUUGUUCUGCCUGAUCUCUACGCAAAGGCAAAGAAGCAUCUUCUAGUGGUGUCGCGAAAGGCUGGAUUGGACUCCAUAGCCGACGUUACUAAGGAGCACCUUCCGCUCCUCCGCGAGAUGCAUGCUGUUGGCGAGCGCUGGGCUAAGAAACUCGUGGAAGAAGACAACUCUCUCGUUUUCCGGCUUGGCUACCACUCGGUACCAUCAAUGCGGCAGGUCCAUCUUCACGUCAUCAGCCAGGACUUCAACUCCCCGGGGCUCAAGAACAAGAAGCAUUGGAACUCGUUCACGACGAGCUUCUUCCGGGACUCGCGGGACGUGAUCGCGGAGCUAGAGAGCCGCGGGAAGCUCGAGGAGUGCACGGAGGAGAUGGAAAAGAGGCUGCUGGAUUCCGAGCUGCGCUGCCAUCGCUGCCGUUGCGUCCAGCCAAACAUUCCGCGCUUAAAGGCCCAUGUUUGCUCGUGCUCCAAGCCAUUGCUUCUCAAGUCUCUCAUCUCUUCGCCUUAGUACUCUUUUCCCGCGGGAUUUUUAAUGUUUCUAGCAGGAUCGUCCUCUAUGUUUGACUAAAAGUCAAAUGUAGUCAAUGGUAGCCAGAGUGACUAUGUUGACUUUUAUUGAGUUUU